AUGGAAGCCACGGAGUUGGCCGAUCUGAAGAACAUGGCCAAUGACUGCCUUACGUCUCGUCGAAAGGCGACCCUCGUCCUCGAUGGACUAGACGAGAUGAGCGGACGACUCGAAGUAUUGUUAUCAUCCUAUCCUCAGAUUCGACUCGAUAUGAUAGAUGCUCACCAGCAGGACAUCGAUCAGUUCAUCAAGGAUAAAGUUGCGGACGUACAUACUAGGUUUCCGUUAAAACAACAGGAAGAGGAAACCUUGGUUUCUAAGAUAUCAAGCCCGUCCCAAGGCAUAUUCUUAUACGCACGUCUUGUGCUAGAACACCUCGCGGCGAUGGACUCGAUACAGGACUUUGAAGAUGAAUUAGAAGAUGAUACAUUUCCAGAAGACUUGGACCGAGUCUAUGACCGUAUUGCUUAG